CCUACCACCCACGACACGUGUUUGGCAGCUCAUCUCAACAUGGUGGUAGAGAUCAUUGCUGAAGUUUUAAGCAUUCCAGAGCCAGCAGCACGCUUUCUCUUUGGACUCUUAUUAACUUACCCGCUGGCAUUUAUUUAUCGUCCACUCAUAAUACCCUAUGCCUCAAAGAACACUCAGAGUAUUAUUUGUGCUGUUGGUGGGUUUGCUUUGCUACAGUAUGUUUUCGGCUUGUCUGCCUCUUUGCAUUUCUUGUUGGAUGUCAUUCUCGUCUAUUGUGUUUUUUUAUUAUUUGGAAAAGGGAGAGUUUCUCUAUUACUUACAUGGAUCAUUACUAUGGGUCACUUGACGUUUGGUUAUGUGAUUGUUAUAAGUUCUAAUCAAGUACAUCCUAUAUUCUGGACCAUACCUCAUUGUGUACUAGUCCUGAAGUUAAUAGGUACAU